AGAAGAAGGUUUUUUCAUCGUGUCAGUUGUCGUCAUCCUUCGUGUCAAAACAACUUCUUUCCAGACCAGGCUAUAAAAUGGCUGGAACAGCUUUAAAAAGACUCAUGGCCGAAUACAAACAACUAACCCUAAACCCUCCAGAGGGGAUUGUGGCAGGGCCUGUAAAUGAGGAGAAUUUCUUUGAGUGGGAAGCUCUGAUUAUGGGCCCAGAGGACACAUGUUUUGAGGGCGGCGUGUUCCCUGCAAUCCUCAGUUUUCCCUCAGACUACCCUCUCAGCCCUCCCAAGAUGAAGUUCACAUGCGACAUGUUUCAUCCCAACAUCUACCCAGAUGGACGUGUGUGCAUCUCAAUCCUACACGCUCCCGGUGAUGAUCCUAUGGGAUAUGAGAGCAGUGCUGAGAGGUGGAGUCCAGUGCAGAGCGUGGAGAAGAUCCUGCUGUCUGUGGUCAGCAUGCUCGCCGAGCCCAAUGACGAGAGCGGGGCGAACGUGGACGCCUCAAAGAUGUGGCGAGAGGACAGAGAGCAGUUUAAUCGAUUAGCUAAGCAGAUUGUGCGCAAAUCUCUGGGUCUCUGACUCCGCCGCGUUCGGACACUCUCUCACACUCCAGGACAGUGACGUUUUACGAGGAUGCAAACUCCCAGCGGAAGAGUGAGUGUUGUUGUGUACUACCCCUACCUCCACCAGUGUGAGCACUUUAUUCUCAUCCAGUCUUUUUCAUACUCCCUUCCCGGUCCUGGGGAUUGGUCGGAUGCGUAGAUGAACGGCUUUUGUUGAAGAAGGCAAAUCUUUAUGCAUUCACCGGACAGUGUUCUAAUUGAAAGUCAAGCAAAUUACAGUUAUUCACAGCCAUUUUGGGGCUGCCGGUCAUGCCUGUUACCCAUCUAUAGAUCCAUGAGAUACCUAAAGGAAUGCAGCUUUGAUGACGGUAUGCUGAUGCAUGCGUUAAUAAUGCCUCAUUCUAAUAAAUGCAUCGACGAGGCAGACACUGAGACUAUCACAUCCACUUUUUUUUUCAUGAACAGACUAUACUGUUGAUCUUUUAGGAUUGAAGAUCACGUUAAUGGUAAAAACAUUUGAUUAACUACAUUUCAUAUGAACAAUUUUUACAAUUUGGUAAGGGUCAUAUACAGUAGGUCAGUGUUUUGUUCAAUCUCACUGUUUUCAUUUUUUGAAGUUUUUAGAUUCUGUUGUACCAAGUUUGAAUAAUCCAGCCUUCGCCAGAGAGAAGUGCUUGAUUCAUCAUUACUUUCAUAAAUAAAAUCUUUUGAAUUCUGAUAUUUUGCUUUUCAUCUGUUCUCAAGGAUUGUAAAGCCAAUGAAAUCAAUAAAUGUUUGUGAUUUA